UCUUCUCCACAUAUCCAUCGUGUUGCGUUUCUGCAUUAAUUGUCUCUCCGAAGAAGAAGACGAGAAGACUAAGAAAGAAAUCGGAGGACAUCUGUAACCGAUUAAGAUCUAUUAGGGUUUUUCUGUGUGGUUGAUUUAGGGUUUCCUUGAUCAUGUCGGAUGCGUAUUGUACGGAUUGCAAGAGGGAGACGGAGCUGGUGUUCGAUCACUCCGCCGGAGACACCCUUUGCUCCGAGUGUGGUUUGGUUUUGGAAUCGCACUCGAUCGAUGAGACCUCCGAGUGGCGUACCUUCGCCAAUGAGUCCUCCAACAGCGAUCCAAAUCGUGUCGGUGGUCCGACCAACCCUCUUCUCGCCGAUAGUGCUCUCACCACUGUAAUCGCAAAGCCCAACGGUGCCUCCGGCGAUUUCUUGUCUAAUUCUCUCGGGAGGUGGCAGAAUCGUAACGCCAAUUCCGAUCGUGGCCUGAUCCAAGCUUUUAAAACCAUUGCCACUAUGUCCGAGAGGUUGAACCUUGUUGCAACUAUCAAGGAUCGGGCUAAUGAGAUAUUUAAGAGGCUGGAGGAUCAAAAGUCAAGCAGAGGAAGGAAUCAGGAUGCACUCUUUGCAGCCUGCUUGUACAUUUCCUGUAGACAGGAGGACAAGCCACGGACUAUUAAGGAAAUCUGCUCUGUUGCCAAUGGAGCAACAAAGAAGGAAAUUGGACGAGCAAAAGACUACAUAGUUAAAACAUUGGGUCUGGAGACCGGCCAGUCUGUGGAAUUGGGAACUAUACACGCUGGUGAUUUCAUGAGAAGGUUCUGCUCUAACCUUGGAAUGUCUCAUCAAGCGGUUAAAGCUGCUCAGGAAGCUGUGGCAAAAUCUGAGGAGUUUGAUAUACGGAGGAGUCCAAUAUCAAUAGCAGCAGUAGUUAUAUAUAUCAUAACCCAGCUUUCUGAAGACAAGAAGCCACUCAAAGAUAUAUCGCUAGCGACAGGAGUAGCAGAAGGGACGAUAAGAAAUUCAUACAAAGACUUGUACCCUCAUCUUACAAAGAUAGCACCAAGUUGGUAUGCUAAGGAAGAGGACCUUAAAAACCUCUCAAGUCCUUGAGAAUCUUUCUUUGUUCAUCAAUGCAAUAGAGACCUAUCUAUAUAUCUCUAUCGAGGAAGAUACAAAGCAAGUGUUGUCUCGAGUAGAGAGGCUUUUGGUUUUUUCAAUUUCUUUUUUUGGAGUCCUUUGUUAAGAAUUCUUGUAAUGCGUUUAAGACUUAAAAAAAAAAAAACAAAAAUUUCAUAGUAAGAAAAGAAGGUUUUUGAUUCA